GCGCCAUCUCCUCAUCGUAAACAACGCAACAGGUGUCUUUCAGUUUCUUCCUUCUGUACUCGUCUUUUGUCAUAUGUAGGCAAUUUACACGUCGACACCUCAACAUAUAGUGAAAUUGGGAACCCCGAAUUGUUUCGCCAGUUUAAUCAAUGGAACCACAUUUUUUCUAGACCUGGAUUUGAUCUGGUAUUGAACUCUAUAAACAUCGAGAAUAUGGGCAGCUUGAAAGAGCUUUGUGACGGACUGCCAUUAGAUCCACUCCCACAGCCGCGCCCCCGUGACGAAAGCGUUGCUCACGCUCCAGUGCGUAACACGGAACUCAAUGCUUCCGAAACCAGGCUUGCCCUUCAGAAUGCUCUUCGAUAUUUCCCUGCUUCUCUUCAUGAGACAUUGGCUCCAGAGUUUGCUGCUGAGCUGAGGAACUAUGGUCAUAUCUACAUGUACAGGUUUUUACCUCAGUUGGAGAUGAGAGCUUACCCAAUUGAUGAGUAUCCUGCCAAUACACGUCAAGCUGCUGCUAUUAUGCUGAUGAUCAUGAACAACCUAGACCCAAGAGUUGCUCAGUUUCCCCAUGAAUUGGUGACAUAUGGAGGUAAUGGUCAAGUGUUCUCCAAUUGGGCCCAGUUCUGGUUGGUGAUGUACUACUUAUCUCAGAUGAGUGAGGAGCAGACUUUAGUCAUGUAUUCAGGCCAUCCUUCAGGUCUCUUUCCAAGUCAUAGGGAAGCACCAAGAGUUGUUGUAACCAAUGGCAUGAUGGUACCCAAUUAUUCAUCCAGAGAAAAUUACAACAGACUUUUUGCAAUGGGAGUGUCUAUGUAUGGACAGAUGACAGCAGGAAGCUACAGUUAUAUUGGACCACAAGGAAUUGUCCAUGGGACGACGUUGACAGUCCUGAAUGCUGGUCGUAACCAUAUUGGUUCAAGUGAUCUGAGAGGACGUGUAUUUGUUACCUCUGGUCUAGGAGGUAUGAGUGGUGCCCAGGCCAAAGCAGCGGUCAUCUGUGGGUGUGUAGGUGUUGUAGCAGAGGUCAGCAAGGAAGCCCUUAUGAAGAGAUACAAUCAGGGAUGGGUAAUGCAGGUCAUUGAUGAUGUUGAUGCACUAGUACAGCGUAUAAGGCAAGCACGGAAUGCGCAGGAAGCAAUCAGUAUUGGUUACCAUGGAAAUAUUGUUGAUGUUUGGGAGAGACUUGUGGUAGAGUAUGAAUCUACUGGGGAACUCUUGGCUGAUCUUGGUUCUGAUCAAACAUCCUGUCAUAACCCGUUCAAUGGAGGUUAUUAUCCAGUACAAAUAACCUUUGACGAAGCAAAUGAUAUGAUGGUCAGUGAUCCACUUAGAUUUAAGAACUUGGUCCAGGAAAGUUUGCGAAGGCAGAUCUCAGCCAUCAAUAAGUUAUCAUCAGUGGGAUUGUAUUUCUUUGACUAUGGCAAUGCUUUUCUCUUAGAAUCAAGUCGAGCUGGAGCUGAUAUGCAGGGUGAAACAGAAGGAGCUUGUGCAGGCAACAGAUUCAAAUAUCCAUCAUAUGUUCAAGAUAUCAUGGGUGAUAUCUUCUCACUUGGGUUUGGUCCAUUUCGAUGGGUAUGUUCAUCUGGUGAUCCUAAUGAUCUAGCCAUGACUGAUGAGAUAGCUGCUACUGUCCUGGAAGAUUUCAUCAAUAGGGGAGUACCUGAAUCCACUGAACAGCAAUAUGAAGACAACAUUCGUUGGAUAAAAGAAGCAGAGAAGCAUAAAAUGGUUGUAGGCUCUCAAGCUAGGAUCUUGUAUUCAGACCAACAAGGGCGUAUUGCCAUAGCUCUUGCAUUCAACGAGGCAGUUCGUCAAGGCAAGCUAAAAGGACCAGUAAUCCUAAGCAGGGACCAUCAUGAUGUUAGUGGGACAGAUAGCCCAUUCAGAGAGACUUCUAAUAUCUAUGAUGGAUCAGCAUUUUGUGCAGACAUGGCCAUCCAGAAUGUGAUUGGUGAUUCCUUCCGUGGGGCCACCUGGGUUGCAAUACACAAUGGUGGAGGUGUUGGCUGGGGUGAAGUGAUUAAUGGAGGGUUUGGAAUGGUUUUAGAUGGGACCAAUGAGGCUGAUAGGAGAGCUAAGAAGAUGCUAGGUUGGGAUGUGUCCAAUGGGGUGACCAGGAGGAGUUGGGCUGGUAACAAUAAGGCUAAGGAAACCAUCUGUAGAGCUAUGGAAGAUGAUCCAAAUCUCAAGGUUACUAUCCCACAUGAGGUCCAGGACCCAGGACUCUUAGACCGUGUUCUUUAGGAAUAGAAGAUUAGAUGCUGUCUAUGUCGCUGGAACUCAACCUCUUAGCAAUUCACUGGUUAUGGUUUCUAUUCCCAUUUAGUGACCUUAUAUGUAUGAUACUUCUGAAUUUCUGAUAUGGCAUCUUGACAUUCUGUGUCCAAGAGGUUUUUUUUUGGGGGGGAGAUGGUUUGAUGAAAAGACUCUUCAGAACUGAGCAAAACUUAUCAUAUGUGUGUGUUGGUUUUUGUAUUGUUUUAUUUCUCUUCAAGACUUGUUUCAUUCCAAUAUUUUUUUUAACAAUGACAAAGAGGCUGAUAGGUUUUAGUUAAACAGCAUUAAACUACAUGUACAUGUAGUGUGAUUAAAGAGGUGAAAUUCCGUGUUCAUGUACUGCAUUGAGUGCUAUCAUCAUUGAUAUGUAUCAUUUUCCUUUGUUUUUUCUCUUUUAAUUAGAUUAUACUUAGCAUUGAAUGUAAUAAAUGUGGACAUAGGGAUAGUGGUUUGAUAAAACUGCAUUUUUGUUUUUAAUGUAAAUAAUGUAUCGCAAUGACUUUCAUAUUGACACAUUCCUUUAGUGUAAUGACAAUCAAGUCGUUUUGGUUAUCUACCAAAUUAUGUUCAUAUGGAUGAUCAAAUUGAUAUGUAUACUUAGAAUUGAAUAUUUGGUAAUAUGUAAUGCUUGUGUUCUUACAUAUUCUAGAAUAGUACAUUUUAGUAUUAUACAGAUAGUAAGCUUAUUACUGACAGCUGGCUGAAUAUUGAAUGCCAAUAUAAAUGAUAAUCUAGAAUUCAAUUUGAGAUGUCAGUGUUUAUUUCAUUUUCACAUAAAUCUAAUAACUUUUCUUAAUGAAAACUACAAUUUCUUAACCUUAAAGUGCCUUUGAAUACAUAAAACACUGAUUAUGUAUGAUUGUUUUGUAAUAUAUACAUUAUUUCCAAUGUAUGGAGUGAAUUUCCUGUUCCAGGUAAGCUCAAAGAAACUUCAAGAUAUUGCAGAAUACAAGUCAAACAAAAAGUGUAAACAUUUGAUUGUUAACUCAUUUUGACAAAAAAAGGGAUGGGGAGGUGUAGAAAUUUUAUUUUGAAACAGCAAAGAUAAACUAUCAUUGAUGAAGGAGAUGAGUCAAUGAUAUUUGCAUAUAAGUAUUCAUUGGUAUAAAGCCCUAUUUUCAUUGCAGUGAGUAAUGUAAUCUUUUGAAUAUACGAGUAGGGCUAGUCCUGUUAUGUAUAAAGGCUGUGUAAGCAGUGCAAUUUACUAAUGAAACUGAUCUAUACUGAGUAAUUGUAUAUAAUACUGAAAUACUGAUAAGUAUACUUAUCAAUAAACACAUGUAGAUAAAUCCUUUUGAGGCUGUAUGAGGGUUACAUUUCUGAUCCCAGUUUUCAGUAUUUAUUAUUCUACUUCAUUAAUUUUGUUUUGUAUGCUGGAAGUAGUGCGAAUUCAUAGAAACUGCCAUUUCAUACUGCCCUUUAUUAAAUGAAAAUAGUUCUUGUGUAUAUUCCAUAUUCAUGAAAAUUCCUGAAAUAAUAUAAAGUGUACUUACAAAAUGUAAAGUAAAUAUAAUUUACGUUGCUGUGUUUCCAAUUUGGGAUUAAAACAUGACAAAUCAUA